UUUGGAAGCAAGAUGUCCAACCGAGUGGUGUGCAGAGAAGCAAGUCACGCCGGGAGCUGGUACUCUGCUUCGGGAUCUCAGUUGAAUGCACAACUAGAAGGUUGGCUGUCUCAAGCACAGUCUACAAUCAACCCCGCCAGAGCCAUCAUAGCUCCGCAUGCAGGGUAUACCUACUGUGGGGCUUGUGCCGCACAUGCCUACAAGCAGGUUGACCCUUCUGUUACUCGUAGGGUGUUCAUCCUGGGACCUUCUCACCACGUGCCCCUUUCCCGCUGUGCCCUAUCAACAGCAGAUGUUUAUAGAACACCUUUGUAUGAUCUGAGAAUCGACCAGAAGGUUUAUACUGACCUCUGGAAAACAGGGUUGUUUGAAAGGAUGAGCAUGCAGACAGACGAAGAUGAGCACAGUAUUGAAAUGCACUUGCCUUAUACUGCUAAAGCCAUGGAAAGCCACAAAGAUGAAUUCAGCAUCGUCCCGGUGCUCGUGGGCGCUCUGAGCGAAUCCAAGGAACAAGAAUAUGGGAAGUUGCUCAGCAAGUACCUGGCAGACCCUUCCAACCUUUUCAUCAUCUCAUCGGACUUCUGCCACUGGGGUCAGCGGUUCCGAUACACGUACUAUGAUGAAUCCCAAGGGGAAAUCUAUAGGUCUAUUGAACAUCUUGAUAAAAUGGGAAUGGGCAUUAUAGAACAGCUGGAUCCCAUGUCUUUCACAAACUACUUGAAAAAGUACCACAAUACCAUCUGUGGACGUCACCCCAUUGCUGUGCUCUUAAAUGCUGUAGCUGAGCUGAGGAAGAGUGGUAUAGACAUGAACUUCAGUUUUCUGAACUAUGCUCAGUCGAGUGAGUGCAGAAACUGGCAGGAUAGCUCCGUGAGUUACGCCGCGGGGGCGCUCAUCGUUCAUUGA